GUUCGUUCUUCUGCGGGCUACAAGAAGGCAGAGGAUGAGAUGUCCCGGGCCACGUCUGUUGGAGACCAGCUAGAGGCACCGGCCCGCAUAAUUUACCUCAACCAAUCUCAUCUCAACAAAUUCUGCGACAACCGGAUCAGUACGGCCAAGUACAGCGUGUUGACAUUUCUACCUCGAUUCUUGUAUGAGCAGAUUAGGAGAGCUGCUAAUGCCUUCUUCCUCUUCAUUGCCUUAUUACAGCAAAUUCCAGACGUAUCUCCAACAGGACGAUACACCACCCUGGUGCCAUUGAUCAUCAUUUUAACAAUUGCAGGCAUCAAAGAGAUUGUAGAAGAUUAUAAACGACAUAAGGCAGACAAUGCAGUUAACAAGAAGAAAACAAUAGUGUUAAGAAAUGGCAUGUGGCAUACCAUCAUUUGGAAAGAGGUGGCAGUGGGAGACAUCGUGAAGGUCCUCAAUGGGCAGUAUCUUCCAGCAGACAUGGUCCUCUUCUCCUCCAGUGAGCCUCAGGGGAUGUGCUAUGUUGAAACCGCUAACCUGGAUGGGGAGACGAACCUUAAAAUACGUCAGGGCUUGAGCAACACAGCCGAGAUGCAGACAAGGGAAGUGCUGAUGAAACUGUCAGGAAGGAUUGAAUGUGAAGGGCCCAAUCGCCAUCUCUAUGACUUCACUGGCAACUUGCACUUGGAUGGGAAGAGCUCUGUUGCCCUCGGGCCCGACCAGAUCUUACUGAGAGGCACCCAGCUCAGGAACACUCAGUGGGUCUUUGGCGUUGUUGUAUAUACUGGACAUGAUACCAAACUCAUGCAGAAUUCAACAAAAGCUCCUCUCAAGAGGUCAAAUGUCGAGAAGGUAACCAACGUGCAGAUCCUGGUGCUGUUUGGCAUCCUCCUGGUCAUGGCCCUGGUGAGCUCGGUGGGGGCCCUGUUCUGGAAUGGGUCUCAUGGUGGAAAGAGCUGGUACAUCAAGAAGAUGGACACGAGCUCAGAUAAUUUUGGAUACAACUUGCUGACGUUUAUCAUCUUGUACAACAAUCUGAUUCCCAUCAGUCUGCUGGUGACGCUGGAGGUUGUGAAAUACACGCAAGCUCUCUUUAUAAACUGGGACACAGACAUGUAUUAUAUUGGAAAUGACACUCCGGCUAUGGCCAGGACAUCGAACCUUAAUGAAGAGCUUGGGCAGGUAAAAUACCUGUUUUCUGACAAGACUGGAACUCUUACAUGCAAUAUCAUGAACUUCAAGAAGUGUAGCAUUGCUGGCGUAACCUAUGGCCACUUCCCGGAACUAGCCAGAGAGCAGUCCUCAGAUGACUUCUGCCGGAUAGCUCCUUGCCCCAGUGACUCAUGCGACUUUAACGAUCCCAGGCUGUUGAAGAACAUUGAGGAUCAACAUCCUACAGCCCCUUGCAUACAAGAGUUCCUUACCCUGCUUGCUGUGUGCCACACGGUCGUCCCUGAGAAGGAUGGAGAUGAAAUCAUCUACCAGGCUUCCUCCCCAGAUGAAGCUGCUUUGGUAAAAGGAGCUAAGAGGCUUGGUUUCGUAUUUACCGGCAGGACACCUUACUCGGUCAUCAUCGAAGCGAUGGGUCAAGAACAGACGUUUGGAAUCCUCAAUGUUCUGGAAUUUUCUAGUGACAGGAAAAGGAUGUCUGUAAUUGCUCGAACUCCAUCAGGACAACUUCGACUCUACUGCAAGGGAGCUGAUAAUGUAAUCUUUGAAAGACUUUCAAAAGACUCCAAGUACAUGGAGGAGACAUUGUGCCACCUGGAAUAUUUUGCCACAGAAGGCCUGCGGACUCUGUGUGUGGCCUAUGCAGAUCUUUCUGAGAAUGAGUAUGAGGAGUGGCUGAAAGUCUAUCAAGAGGCCAGCCUCAAACUGAAGGACAGAGCCCAGAGGCUGGAAGAGUGUUAUGAAAUCAUCGAGAAGAAUUUGCUGUUACUUGGAGCUACAGCCAUCGAAGACCGUCUUCAAGCUGGGGUUCCAGAAACCAUAGCUACUCUGUUGAAGGCAGAAAUUAAAAUAUGGGUGUUAACGGGAGACAAGCAAGAAACUGCAAUCAAUAUUGGGUAUUCCUGUCGGCUGGUGUCACAGAAUAUGGCCCUCAUCCUAUUGAAGGAGGAUUCUUUAGAUGCAACAAGGGCUGCCAUCACUCAGCACUGCACAGACCUGGGAAAUUUGCUGGGCAAAGAGAAUGACAUAGCUCUCAUCAUCGAUGGCCACACCCUGAAGUAUGCGCUCUCCUUUGAAGUUCGCAGAAGUUUCCUGGACCUAGCGCUCUCGUGCAAAGCUGUCAUCUGCUGCAGAGUGUCCCCUCUGCAGAAGUCGGAGAUCGUGGAUGUUGUGAAGAAGCGAGUGAAAGCCAUCACCCUAGCCAUCGGGGACGGUGCCAAUGACGUGGGGAUGAUCCAGACAGCCCAUGUAGGGGUGGGGAUCAGCGGGAACGAGGGCAUGCAAGCUACCAACAACUCAGAUUACGCCAUUGCACAGUUUUCCUACUUGGAGAAGCUGCUUCUAGUUCACGGAGCCUGGAGCUACAACCGGGUGACCAAGUGUAUCCUCUACUGUUUCUACAAGAAUGUGGUCCUCUACAUCAUUGAGCUUUGGUUCGCCUUUGUUAAUGGAUUUUCUGGGCAGAUUUUAUUUGAGCGCUGGUGCAUCGGCUUGUACAAUGUGAUCUUCACCGCGUUGCCGCCCUUCACUCUGGGAAUCUUCGAGAGGUCUUGUACUCAGGAGAGCAUGCUGAGGUUUCCACAGCUCUACAAAAUCACCCAGAAUGCAGAAGGCUUCAACACUAAGGUUUUCUGGGGUCACUGCAUCAAUGCCUUGGUCCACUCCCUCAUCCUCUUCUGGGUUCCCAUAAAAUUGCUGGAGCACGAUACUCCGCUAGCCAAUGGUCACGCCAUAGACUAUUUGUUUGUUGGAAAUAUUGUUUACACGUACGUUGUGGUUACGGUUUGUCUGAAAGCUGGUUUGGAGACAACAGCGUGGACUAAAUUCAGUCACCUGGCGGUGUGGGGAAGCAUGCUGACCUGGCUGGUGUUUUUUGGUGUCUACUCAACCAUCUGGCCAACCAUCCCCAUCGCUCCUGACAUGAAAGGGCAGGCAACUAUGGUCCUGAGCUCUGCAUACUUCUGGUUGGGAUUGUUCCUGGUUCCAACUGCAUGUUUGAUUGAAGAUGUGAUGUGGAGAGCGGCCAAGCACACCUGCAAAAAGACGCUGCUGGAGGAGGUGCAGGAGCUGGAGACCAAGUCCCGAGUGAUGGGGAAAGCAAUGCUGCGAGACAGUAAUGCAAAGAGGUUGAACGAGCGUGACCGUCUGAUCAAGAGGCUCAGCAGGAAGACACCCCCAACUCUCUUCCGAGCAGGCUCCACCCAACAGUGUGUCACCCAUGGGUAUGCCUUUUCUCAAGAAGAACAUGGAGCUGUCACCCAGGAGGAAAUAGUCCGUGCUUAUGACACCACCAAAGACAACUCGAGGAAGAAAUAAGAGGCGAUUUUACCCAUGGCUCCAGGGAAAGAGAUUCUGUUGGUUGCACACAGUGUUAACACGGUUUUGUCAGAAGAGACUGGCGCCCACAGCCGAAAACCAGAAAACACAUUUCUGUGGCCUUAGCCGACCAGUUUGUUAACAGCUGUCUGUCCCCUUGCAGUCCCAGGGUAUAGGCAUCAGGAGAAGCGGCUCUCCCAGCUUGUCUGUAGCGCUUGGCCCAACUUCUGUUUACGUUAUUGUGAAGCAUUCAGCUGGGCUCUGUGAGGUGUGAAAUUAAAAACUAUGUUUCACCAAUGCUCAAACAUCAA